AAAACUUUAUUAUUAUUUUUUGCUGCCUUAAAGUUUAAAGUACAAUUUCAAAUGUGUUUUUAACUCGUGAACUCAUUCACCACUAGUCAAAAAUGAAAAUAGUAGAAAAAAUGACUUGCAAUUUACUUGUACUUAAAAAACUUGUGGCAGCAUUUUUUAUAUCUGAAAACGCACGUGUGCAAAAUGGCCAGUAGGUGGCGUAAUUGUCUCACGUUUCACUACUUCGUGCUGCAUGUACAACAGUGCAGUUUGCUUUCAGUGCAGAUGAUACAAACAGAUGUGUCUUGAAAGUUUCAUAUGCAUGUGUGAAGUGUCUGUCUCUUCAGAUCCUUUUAUUUCACACUGACACCCUGACCGGAGUAAAACUCUACUGAACGGUGCCAUAAAUACCACAGGAAUGCUGAGCAGCUUACACAACACCGAGAAACGCACACACACACACACACACACACAUUCAUUGACAAAUUGCGUCAUUUCACGCCACAUUCUGAAAAUACAUGAAUAUAGCCACAUGCUCGAGCCUAAAUCUCUUGAGUUUGUGAUCCACCCCAGCAGUACCAGUCUCCCUAACACUACCAGCAGAAACCUGUUAGUCAUGCAGCGCUCAUAAAACCCUUCAGAUGGCCGUUUAUUGUUACAGAAGACCGUACUGGCAUUUUUCACUCUCAUCAAUGUGAAGAGCUUUAUACAGUGCUAUGGUAAAAAGGGUUAACGGAUGAAAAACACAAAAGUGAUUGAAUGUGAAUAACUCACACAGAUGCUGUGUUGGAAUGUAUUUUUGAGUUUUGUCUGGGACUUCAAACCGCUUCUGUGUGGUUUUGGCGAAAUGUUUUGGUUUACUGUCGUGUUGAAAGGCGAAUCAUCCUCAAAUUCCCAGUUUUCCUUCAGGAUUUUAUUUUAUUCCAAUCUUUAUGAGUUUUCCAGUGUCUGGUGGAGAGAAACAUCAACAUCACAUUGAUGCUGCCGUACCGUUCCCUGUGGGAACGCUGAAGAUCUGGAAGAUCUGAGGUUUGUGCUGCCGGCGAUCACACAACACAAAUAAAUCAUCGAUUCUCCAAAUUAAAACGCCAUGAUGUUUCAAAUGUAUCUUUUUUUUAUUGAAUUUAGCAUUCUUAUCUAUUGUUCAAGACAGAUUUAUUGUCUUAGGCACGGGGUUUCUAUAUCUCUGUAAUGUUCCCAACUUUGUGUCAUUCACAACAGUUGUUCUUUCCCAGAAACGCAGCUCUGGAAAAUGGCCAGUACUGGGCAGAUUCAUAAUCGUUCCACAUGCACUCAUCUUUUUAAUGAUGCACUUUACUGUGCUUUGAGGUGUUUUCAGUGCCUUGGAAAAUGUCUUGCCCUGACUGGUAUUUUGGAGAAUGUUGUUUUGGUUCUAUUCUAAAUCUCCGGUGUUUUCUGGAGACGUUCCGCGUUUUUUUCUGUAAUCUGCACACAGGUGGAGACCAAUCAAUGUCAUUUUGGACGUGAAGACAUGAAACUGAAGACUUCAGGAGAGCUGCCCCGUGAUCAUGUUCCAUGUGUCAUCAUGUGUAUCGACGGCACGGGAUUUGUAUCUUUUUUUAUAUACCAUGCCACUCAAACGUACCCCAGUGAGUACUGAAGGUGUCCGACAACCCUAUAAAAAUGCCAUUGAAUGUUUUGAAGUGAAGUGUUUGGAUUACGGGUACAUUAGUGAAAGUAUGUACCUCAACCCUUCUGUUAAAGUCCAGGAACGGCUGCGCGCAAUCAGUGCGCAAAAGUUUAGGAUCAAUCCUGAGAUUCCGCCAUUCACGGUUACUCGUGCGUUUCGGGAUGAUUAUUCCCAUUAUAAUAAUUGAUUUGGGGGACACACACCGCAUCUGCCUUUGGUUUGUGUUGUGUAUUCUGUUCUCAUUACUCGCACCAUCUGGAUUCUCCAUUACGCACACACAUACGCGCACGCACACACGCCGAGUCUUUCCGAUCGUUCGCAGAAAUCAAAGACUCUUGAAUGAAACGCAUGAGAUGAAAUUGGAAAAUAAAUAAACAGCAGUGCCAAGUGAUCGCCAGAUCAUCACCAGAGCAAAACACGCAUGAAACCAGAACCUCUGAGGACGCGUCUCAAAACUAAGCGAACUAUGUCUAACUAGACAGCGUUUUUAGGCUGACAUGCUCAAAAUCUCAAAGGCAAACAAUCCACGCGUGUACGCGAGCCCCAAAACGAACCGCGGUAUCCUUUAAAUAUUGCACGUGCCUGUGGUGGCCAAAAUAAGAUGUGCGUAUAAGGUGCGUAAAAUGCCCUUUAAUGCUGCUAAUUCGGAACGCGUCUUUGAAACCCAACAGUGCUGCAUGCGUGUAAGAAGCCCACAAUAAACCACAGUGCGCUCGUGGUACCCAAAAUGCUGUCUAGGUAGCCAGCUCAAUAUGCUUGAAACGCUCACUAAUGCAUUCCGAGUCUGGAAUCGCUCGGAGCUUUCUCUCUCUCUCUCUCUCUCUCUCUUUGUGUGUGUGUGAAAAAAGAGGUUUGGAGAGGGGGCCACAGUCUAGUUUCUCACCUUGGCUCGCUCUCCGUCACCCCUCCUCUCUCUCUCUCUCUCUCUCUCUCUCUCUCUCUCAGUGUGCGCGUCGGUGCGCUGUGGUGAUGGUGUAUGGAGAGACAUCGUGAACGGAACGGAUACUGUCGGAUGAGAGAAUCUUGCCGCUGGUGUAUCUGCGAGCUUCCAUUCACCAUCAAACGACAGCCCAAAACAAGCAUCAGGUCUGGAUUUAUUCGCUCGCCCGUGCUCUUGUUUGACUGAGGUUUAGAGAUCCAGACUGGAUUCAGUGUCCGGAUCUCAUCAGAUACCCCCCGGCGGAUCACAUGUGCCUCCGCCGACACAUCGCGGCAUCACUGGGGUUCCAGAGUAUCGAGUUUUCUACAUUUGGUGCGCGUUUGGACGGUGGCAGAUAAGAUGCGGCGCGGACUGUGACGGCGGAUUUCUCCAGCAGUAGAGUUGACACACACGCACGCUGCUGAGGGAUCAUUCAUCUAUCUACCAGACGCUUCCUAGCUGCGCCGUUGCUCUGAGAUAUCACACAUACGCCAGACUGCGCCCGUCUGAAGACACGCCACGACUGCAUUUGUUUAUUUGACUUCUCUCUCCGCUCGCCCAUCUGGAUUCUCUCCCUGCCCUCUCCAUCUUCAUCUCUCCCUCCUGUGACAUCAUGUGGAGUGCUAAAAAGUUCUUUUCUCUGCUUAGUUUGUUUCAAAUGCUCCCCUGGGCCCUCGGCCACAGUCCAAACCCGUUCUCGGGGCCACAGGCGACACAAACGGACCCCUGCUAUGACGAGACGGGUGCCGCCCGCCGCUGCAUCCCAGAAUUCAUCAAUGCGGCAUUCGGGCAGGAGGUGGCCGUGUCGAGCACGUGCGGCCGCCCGCCAUCUCGCUCCUGCACUCUGGUGGAGCGCGAGGAACGGCCCUCCAUCCGAACGUGCCAGGUGUGCGAUGCGUCAGACCCUCGCAACGCUCACCCUGCCUCCUACCUCACUGACUUAAACUCCGCCCACAACCUCACCUGCUGGCAGUCGGAGAACCUGCAGGGCUCGCCGCUCAACGUCACCCUCACGCUGUCGCUCGGCAAGAAGUUCGAGAUCACCUACGUCAGCCUGCAGUUCUGUUCGCCGCGGCCCGAGUCCCUGGCCAUCUACAAGAGCAUGGACUACGGGCGUACAUGGACUCCGUAUCAGUUCUACUCUUCGCAGUGCCGUCGCAUGUACAACCGGCCCAACAAAGCGACCAUCACAAAGCAGAACGAGCAGGAGGCGUUGUGCACGGACGGACACACCGAUGCCUUUCCGCUUUCUGGUGGCCUUAUUGCGUUCAGCACACUGGACGGACGCCCGUCCGGGAAGGAUUUUGACUCCAGUCCCGUACUGCAAGACUGGGUGACGGUCACCGACAUCCGCGUGGUCUUCAGUCGCCCGCAGCACCCCCGAGCGCUGCCCAUGUCUGGCCGUGAGAGUGAGGACCCCCUCGGGGCGUCCGGAGGUCUGCCGUCGUAUUUUUACGCCGUGGGCGACUUCCAGGUUGGCGGGAGGUGUAAAUGCAACGGCCACGCCUCCAGGUGCGUGAGGGAGAAGGAGGGAAAACUGGUUUGUGACUGCAAGCAUAACACGGAGGGGCCAGAAUGUGAUCGCUGCAAACCCUUUCACUACGAUCGACCGUGGCAGCGCGCUACAGCAAAAGAAGCCAACGAAUGUUUGCCGUGUAACUGUAACCUGCACGCGCGGCGCUGUCGCUUCAAUAUGGAGUUGUAUAAACUGUCGGGCCGUAAGAGCGGAGGAGUGUGUAUGAACUGCAGACACAACACGGCCGGACGACACUGUCAUUACUGUCAAGAAGGAUUCUACAGAGACAUGGGCAAACCCAUCACACAUCGCAGAGCCUGCAAAGCGUGUGACUGCCAUCCGGUGGGAGCUGCAGGUAAAACGUGUAACCAGACGACGGGUCAGUGUCCGUGUAAAGACGGAGUGACCGGCAUCACCUGCAACCGAUGUGCAAAAGGCUAUCAGCAGAGCCGAUCCCCCGUCGCUCCGUGCAUCAAAGUCCCUGUUAUAAAGCCGACAGCUGUGAUCAGCACUACAGAGGAGCCUGCUGAUUGUGAAUCGUACUGUAAACCACCGAAGGGAAAUCUCAAGAUAAACAUGAAGAAAUACUGCAAAAAAGACUACGCGGUUCAGGUCAGCGUGUUGGACAUGGAGACGGUCGGCGACUGGGCCAAAUUUAGCAUCAACCUGGUGUCGGUGUACAAGAGCCGCGGCGAGCCGCUGAAGAGAGGCGAUCACGUGCUGUGGGUCCACAUGAAAGAUCUGGCCUGCAAAUGUCCUCGCAUACACAUGGGCAAACGCUUCCUCAUCCUGGGCACCACCGAGGGCGCCACGAGCCCCGAACGCCCGGGACUGCUGGCGGAUAAAAACAGUCUGGUCAUUCAGUGGAGGGACAUUUGGACUCGACGACUGCGUAAGUUCCAGCGCAAGGAGAAGAAAGGCAAGUGCGGCAAAGCAUGAUGGGAUUGCGGGGAACUCUUUAGCAUUGACCACUGUCCUGUGUACGCGGGAGACUGCGGCGAGCGGCCGCGCGUGUGCGAAAGCGAACUCCUGAGCAUGGUUGUCUGUGUGUUAUUUGAUGUAUCGUCCUGUUGGUCAGCCUUCAAAAGGGACCGAUAAAAAGACUCUUUUAUAACCUCACACCACUGAAUCACAAUCACACAUCUGAGCACAUUUUCAUUUCAUGCUAAACCCACAGUUUUAUGAAACAAAUCGGAAAUAUGUCCUCACGUUACAGUCGGCGGAGCGAAUCUGUCGGUGUCUGGUUGAAUGUUGUAAAUGCUUCACAUGUUUGCUGGAGUUAAAAGCAAAAGACUCAAUGUUUGUUAUUCAGGCCCGAUUUCACACACUCUUGUGCGUGAAUAUCUACAGGUACUUUAACACUAAAAGAAUGAAACUUGUCAUUUGGUCUAAUGCAGAAUGGAACGUUGAUUGAUUUGGAGCCCCAAAUCUCACUGAAAACUGGCCGAAGAGAAUAUAAAGUUAAGGUUUAAAUGUCAAUUCGCAAAUAUCUUUAACUCGUGUGUAGCUGUGUGUUAGCGUGAGGACAGUAGAACUGUACAGUAAUAUGAAGGACUGCAUCAUAGUUUCCUAUGGAUGGACGUAAUUGAUUAUACACAAUCUUAUAUUUCAACAUGAAGGGUGUGUGCGUGAUGGCAAAGACCAGGAGACCUUUUCUGUCUCCGAAUUGUUUUGAAUCUGUUUUUUACCCUUCAGAUGUUUUUUGUUAGUUCUAACACGAGCAUUAACUACUAACGUGAUGUUUUUAUACUUUUACAAGCACCCACAGAUAACACACUACAGUCUCUCACACACACACACACACCGACCUCAGAAUGUGGCCGUCAUGAUGCCCACAGUCACGUGACACAUAUAUAGAUAUCAAAUAUAACCUUCACACGUUCACAACGAGAUGGAUGUGUUGUGUUUCUAUUUUUCUGCCGUGAUUAUGACUGUCUGUGAUCUAGCUGCAUUACAAUCCCAGCAUGCCACACUCACAGUGACAUCAUGAUAUUAUAUUUCUAAUUAUGCAGCAGUGCUCGAAUCCGAUUGGACGAGAGGCAUUCCAAAAGAACAGCACUGGGACGCUUUGUUGUUUUGUUUGUCUCCAGCACAGUAACUAAUAAAACAAUACGUGUGACUGAAUCCCGGCCGUGGUGAUGUCGCACAUGGCUGAUGAUUCAUCAAAUCUGUUGAUUGUUUUUGUGUGACCGACCGCUUCAAAUUUUCUUUCACCCCUGGUGUAAUUCCAUGUUCCGUUGAUGCGGUUUGGCAAAAACACGCCGUUUCCAUCCCAGCCAAGCGUGCGUUAGGUAAACGUUAAAGAAACCAAGCGAGUAAACUGGUAUUGUUUGCCGCAGAGCGAGUGUGGACGUCUUUUUUCACUUAGAAAAUCAACUCAAUGUUUCAUUUAAUCCGGUGUGUGUAACAUUUACACAACUGUAUAUUUACAUAUUUGUGUAUGAAUGUAUAUAUGUGUGUAUAUUCACAUGCAUUAGGCUGAUCACGUGUGUGUGCGUGUUUAUUUGUGUGUAUAUUGACAUGCAUUGUAUGAAUGUGUACAUACGUAAGUAAAUAUGAAAUUUAUGCGCGUGAGGAAUAUUCAUCCGUCUAACCGAGAGAGCUUAUCUGCUUGUCUUCACUUCUUUUGUUUGCUGUUUCUCUGUUUUACUGCAUUGACCACUGAAUUAAUCAAAUAUACACAAUAAAUUAUUAGU